AUGCAUACAAGCACACUUACAUACAAACAAACAAACAGACGUAGAUGCGUGCGGACGGACAGGAAGGAAUGCGAAAAAUGUAGAAGCGACUUCCGGACAGGUCUGCUUGAAUGGGGCCGUGCAGGGGAAUCGGACAGACAGUUUCACAAGACGCCACCGCCGCUGCCACAAUCUGGGCUCGGAGCCGAACAUACAUUUCUCCGAUGGCGAGAAUGUUGCCAAGAGAUGCCUGUUUGUGCAUGUCAUGCGGCUGGUCGGCACGACUGCCCGCACUCGCGACGGAUGCCUGUGUCUGUGUACGACGCCUCGCAGCACCACCGACGGACGGGCUCCGCGGCAUGCGUCGCGGAAGAGGGUCUGGACGCGCCUUCACGUUCGCGUUCUCGCGAAUGCCAACACCCCCUCGGAGCCUGGGGCCAGGUGGGGCGUGGCGGCUGGGCAGGAAGGAGGCUCUUCGCAACGGCUAUUGGGUGUGCCCCGCAAAUCCCAGGCCACCUCGGCACUAUGGCGAUAAUCGGUGAGGGCGGAAAUCACAUAAUAUCGGCGGCUCGAGCCAAGGUUGCCGCAUCACUUGACACGGAGGCAACAUCCAUCGUCAUGACAACAAGUCGCCGGGAUAGACGAGGCAACUGGAAUCGG